ACCUACGGGGAGAGCUUGUUGAAAUUUUAUGUUUUAUUCCAGUUGUGUAAAUCCAAGAUUGAGAGAACAAACACACUGCAUUUGUAAGUGUUAAAUUUCUGGUGUUAUUCUUCUGAUUUUUGAACCUUUAGGAAGGAACUGGUUGGCCUCUGGCCAAGAAGCUUCUGGCUACUGUUGGGACCCAAAAGGCUUCCCUGAAGGUAAAAGCUAGAAAGGCAGCAAAGCGAAUACCCAGUUGCCAGGGCGAGUACCUCUCCCUGGGGCCAGGGGCUGCGGUUGGAUCUUUAUGGGGACACGAAGAUAGUAAUCAGGUAUUUGAGUAGUUUUGCAGACCACUAGAAGUCCUUAUAAAACCUUUAAAGGCUUCCUCGUGAUAAUGAAAACCGGGCUUCAGUCACUUCCAGGAGUUCCCUGUGACCUUAAACAAGUCAUUCGCCUCUCUGAGUCCCCACUUUCAAGCUAAUUUAGAAAAUGGUGGCGACGUUAACACUGACAUCCUCCUCUCGUCUAUGAACUCCAAAGAACCAUUUAUAUACCCGUAUAUUCCCGUUUCAGCCCUUGGUUUUACGUCUAUCUCCUCCUCUGCAGGUGUUUUAACUUGAACAGGUGCCUUUCUGGUCCAGAGCUCUGGGAGCCGGGGCCACUCCCGACCCCUGGGGGAGAUCGACCAGCGGGCUCGUGACAGCCGCUUUUCGGACCUGCUUUCUGGUCCCUUGUUUCUCAGGAGUGAAUGGAAAGGCCGGUCGAUCCAGGUGGCGUCAGAGGAAUCACCUUGGAAUGAGUCACUUGUGCCCGGAGGAAGAUUUGCGGUGACUGGGAAAACUGGGGCUGUCCCCCAAACGCUCCCACCCCCCACUCCUGUCCCCGAUCUAGGCGCUGCGGCACUCUUAGGAUUCCCGCCGCAGCUAUGGGAGGGUGGCUUUCCCCCGGCACCUGAGGCGAGAGCUCUCUGGGUUGUAGACUCAUUAACUUGGAUCCGGCUCAGAAACGCCUAGCAGUGCAAACUGUGCAGGUGGGGGCAGGGACAACACUCACUGUUCAAAUAUUUAUUAACUGCCUACUAAGUGUUAGGCGGCUUGAUCCCCUUAGCUUUUGUUGCGUCCUUCUGCUCACAUUCCUCCCUUUUAAAAAUCCUUUCACUUCCUUUAUCUUUCUCUAUAUCUCUGUCUCUGGUUCUUUCUCUGUGUCUCUAUCCCUGUCUCGGUCUCUCUCGAUCUUUGUCUCUGUCGCUCUUUCUCGGUCUCGGUUUCUCUCCCUAUCUCUGUGUUCCUGUCUGUCUGUCUCUCUCUUUCUCCCUCUUCUCUUUCUAAUUACACAACCCAGAGCUUAGUACAAUAACUGGAACACAGAGUUUAAAAUAAAUGUUUAUUGAACUGAAUUAUAGAAUGCUGGAGCAGGAAACGAUCUUAGAAAUCAUCUAGCCUCCCCCUCCCCCCACCUAUUUUCCGGAGGAGGAAACUGAAGCUCGAGGAGGUAAAGGUGCUGAGCGAGAUUUCGAACCUAAGAAUAGCGAUUGACUCCAAAUCUCUUUCAUCCCCUAUUUGUUUUUUCUGCUUCCAUCUCUGUUUGUGUCCCUGGUGCAGAACAGGUUACUUUCGUUUGACCUCUUCCGUCGUUCUUGUUUUGUCGUCACGUUUGGGAAAGGAAAUUUUCCCUCCCAUAGUGAAGUCAAAGGACAAUCUGGCUGCCCCAGAAAGAAAAGUGGCUUUAGUCCCAUGUAAAAGGAAGCCUUUGCCUUGCUAGUGAGGAAUCGGUAACGCUUACGGUGGAGCUAUCAAAAGCCUGUCUCCCAAUCCCCACCCUCCCAUCAGCGGUCCACUUGUGGCUAAGCCCGACACAUAGGGGAGUGGUGCUUUCCUGGAGUUAGAGCGAGUACCAUGGAGAAGGUUUGUGGUCAAAGGUAACGUGAGCGCUCUUGAGGUCAGAAGAGUGCCGGGACUAAAAUGAGCUCGGCAUCCUAUCUCUUCAGGUGUCAGUUUCCUCAUCAAUAAAAUGGGGAUAACAGUGCUUAACCUGAUUGAGAGAAAGAGCUUUCUAAUUAGACGAGUAUAAUGUUGUAAACUGUUUUUUCAGUCCCCAGUCGCAGACAGGGGAAGCAGUAGGGAGUGAGGAGGGGAAGAGAGACCUUUUAGGACAAGUUAUGCUUUUAAGUGAGAGUUUCCUCUCCCUUUCCCGCCAGGACAGAAUCAGACGCCGGUUGAGGCUCAGGACAGGCACUCCUUUCCCGCCCCCCUCCCCAGCAGGGGGUCGGUGUCCGGGAAUGCUAAACAGCAAAACUGAAACUUGGCACCCUUCUUAUCAGUCCAGGUGCACUUGGCUGCUCCUGGGACGUUAGAUCUGAAGCUAGGAAAACACUUCCCCCGCCCCGCCUGGCCCCCGUCCUGCCCCCGGUGCUCUAAUUCAGAUGCUUUCCUGCUCCAAAACGCGAACCGACUCAGCCAGGUUUGUUUGCGGGAGCUCCCGCUGCCUUCUGGAGUGAGCGCGUGUUUUCCAAAACGCCCUGGAAUUUACCUUGGCAAAACAGGCGCACCAUGUGGGAUCUAUUCCUCCCUGGUCAGUCAACAAGUUUAACCUCUGCAUAUCCCUCAGUUCUAGGGAAUCUAUGAUAUACUUUUUCCCCCCUGCUCACAUCCCCUCUGAAAUAAUACUUGGUUUAAAUUCAGAUCCUUUCUUUCCUCCAUUCAGGUCUCUUUGGAUGUGAAUUCAGAUUGAGCAGAAAUUUUCUCUUGGUCACAUCCCAUCUGAAAUAAUACUUGAUAAAAUUCAGAUUCUCUCUUUCCUCCAUUCAGAUCUCUCUGGGUGUGAAUUCAGAUUGAGCAGAAAUUUUCUCUAACAAGUUUUCCAGAGCUUGGGCAGUACAAAGAAAGAAGAAAGAGUUCAGAGAAUAUCACUUUCUUCAAAUAUUUGUUAUGUGAAAAACGAAGAAGACAUGCUCUGUAAGCAUCAAAAGACUGAAGCAGAAGCUGCGAGUGGAAGUUACAAGGACGAGGUAGUGGUGAUGGUGGCAGAGUUCAAUUCAGUUUAUGGAAUGAGGAAGAGAGCGGUUGUGAGCCAUAGAAGGAACAGUUCACCCACUGAGUCUGGAUAAGCAAUCUCCUUAUGGUUGUAGAGGAGGACUUCUGCACUUAAGUGGAAAUUUGGAGUAGAUGAUCUAUCUGUUAAGUCCCUUUCAAGUCUGAGACAAAGGCUUUGAAAAAAGGUUUUCACUGAUCGGGAAUACAUUAAAACAAGUUGUACCCUGCACUCGAUCAGUACCAGUCUGACAAUUGCAAACUCUAAAAUGGCAUGGUUUGGUGUAAAUAUUCGAAUAGUAGACCGCACUGGUCGAACUCAAGUUGCUGGUUGGCGAUGAAAAGGAAGGGCAAAGUCCUAGACUUCAGAUUGUCCACGAGUUUUAAAUCUGGAAGCUGACGAAACCGUACCCGAGAGAUUCUGAUGACGCCUCCCCGCUUUUUUCCAGGGAUCCUGGGAUCUGAUGGAAGUGCCUAGAGCAGUAAAGUGGCCCGACAGCAGAGGCCACAGACUGCGGGCCGACGGUUCAAUGGAGGGCAAACUGGGUGGGGGAAGGAGUGGCUGUCUGUCGGAGGUGGCCUGCGCUCGCCCCUCGGGGAGCAGGCUGGCAUACAAAUGAUGUUGGGGCCCUGACACGGGGGGGAGGGGGAGACAGCCUGGUUACCCAGGCCGGGCAGGGCAACCCCCUUCUCUGCUCGGAGGUUUCUGAAAGCUUGACCGCGUUACAUCAACAGGAAACGAGCAGCAAAAGCCGUGGCUGGGCAGCUUCCAAAACACUGACCGCGGAGUCUUCGUGAGACGCCCCCCGGCUCGCUCGGGUCCUGCUCUACAAGUGGGCGGCGGAGAGGAAAGGCCCGAGCAAGCCAUAACUGCUUCCAGCCCCGGCGCGGGCUGGGGAGGGGAGAGAAGCGAGAGCGACGGGGGAGGAGCGCCCCCGGCGGGGGAGGGGCGGGGCCACCGGGAUAUUGGCUGCGUAGCUCCAGGGAAGCUCUGGGAAGCGGGGAGGGGGGAGGAGCCGGGAGGAGGAGCGAGUCUCGCGCGGCGCGGCGCCCGGCGCAGGCGCAGAGUGCACCUCGGUUGUCAAACAUGGCUGAAGUGCCGCCGCUGCCGCCGCUGCUACUACCGCCGGUAGAGGGAAAAUGCUGAGCGUUCCCGGGCCGGGCGGGCGGCGGCGGCGGCGAGGGCGGCGACGGGGACUGGGUCCCGCUUCCCGGGCGCGGGGGCGGCGGCGAUGGCGCGGCUGGCGGACUACUUCAUCGUGGUGGGCUAUGACCACGAGAAGACAGGGUCUGCAGAAGGAAUGGGAAAAAUAAUCCAGAGAUUUCCACAGAAGGAUUGGGAUGAUACACCUUUUCCACAAGGAAUCGAAUUGUUUUGUCAGCCUGGAGGAUGGCAACUGUCCAGAGAGAGGAAGCAGCCAACAUUCUUCGUGGUUGUCCUGACAGAUAUCGACUCAGAUCGGCAUUAUUGCUCAUGUCUAACUUUCUAUGAAGCAGACAUUAACCUCCAGGGAACAAAACAAGAAGAUGUUGAAGGUGAAGAGGAGGUGACUGGUUUAAUUCAGCCUGCAGAAGUGUUUGCUCCCAAAAGCUUGGUUUUGGUGUCCAGAUUAGAUUAUCCAGAAAUUUUUAGGGCUUGCCUGGGCCUGAUCUACACUGUGCAUGUGGAUAGUCUGAAUUUCUCCUUGGAGAGUCUCAUUGCAAACCUCUGUGCAUGCCUUGUCCCAGCAGCUGGGGGUUCACAGAAACUAUUUUCCUUGGGAGCAGGUGACAGACAAUUGAUACAGACUCCUUUACAUGACAGUCUUCCUGUCACAGGCACCAGUGUGGCUCUCCUGUUUCAACAAUUGGGAAUCCAAAACGUUCUCAGCCUCUUUUGUGCCGUACUCACAGAGAACAAGGUUCUCUUUCAUUCAACCAGUUUCCAGAGACUCAGUGAUGCUUGCAGAGCACUAGAGUCUUUAAUGUUUCCUCUUAAAUAUAGUUAUCCUUAUAUCCCUAUUCUUCCGGCUCAAUUAUUGGAAGUUCUAAGUUCACCAACGCCUUUCAUUAUUGGAGUUCAUUCUGUUUUUCGUACGGAAGUCCAUGAACUUUUAGAUGUCAUCAUUGCCGAUUUGGAUGGAGGCACUAUUAAAAUCCCUGAAUGUAUUCACCUUUCCCCGCUCCCAGAACCACUGUUACAUCAGACACAAAUGGCCCUUUCUUUGAUUUUGCACCCAGAUCUGGAAGUAGCAGAUUAUGCAUUUCCUCCGCCACGGACAGCUUUGUCACACUCCAAAAUGCUAGAUAAAGAAGUGCGGGCAGUUUUCCUUAGAUUAUUUGCACAGCUUUUCCAAGGUUAUAGAUCUUGCCUACAACUUAUCAGAAUCCAUGCAGAGCCAGUCAUACACUUCCAUAAGACAGCUUUCUUGGGACAGCGUGGUUUGGUUGAAAAUGAUUUCCUCAUUAAGGUGCUUAAUGGAAUGGCAUUUGCAGGCUUCGUGUCAGACAGAGGGCCUCCCUACAGAUCCUGUGAUCUCUUUGAUGAGUUGGUAGCCUUUGAAGUGGAGCGAAUUAAAGUUGAAGAAAGUAACCCUUUGAAAAUGAUAAAGCACAUCAGAGAACUUGCAGAGCAGCUCUUCAAAAAUGAAAAUCCAAAUCCUCACAUGGCAUUCCAGAAAGUUCCACGCCCCACAGAAGGUUCUCACUUGCGAGUUCACAUACUUCCUUUCCCCAAGAUUAAUGAGUCCAGGGUUCAGGAGCUGAUACAGGAAGGUCUUGCGAAGAACCAGCUUGCACCUCCGACUUCUCGAGUGGAGAAGAAAUGUGUUGUGCCCGCAGGUCCACCUGUCGUUUCAAUCAUGGAUAAGGUGACCACAGUCUUCAACAGUGCUCAAAGACUAGAAGUUGUUAGAAACUGCAUCUCCUUUAUAUUUGAAAAUAAAGUUUUAGAAACUGAAAAGACCCUUCCUGCUGCAUUGAGAGCACUCAAAGGAAAGGCAGCACGGCAGUGCCUUACCUAUGAAUUGGGUUUGCACGUACAGCAGAAUCGGGCCAUACUAGAUCAUCAGCAAUUUGACUACAUUGUAAGGAUGAUGAACUGUACUCUACAGGACUGUUCAACCCUAGAAGAAUAUAAUAUUGCAGCAGCAUUACUGCCUUUGACAAGUGCUUUCUAUAGGAAACUUGCUCCUGGAGUCAGUCAGUUUGCUUAUACCUGUGUACAGGACCACCCCAUAUGGACUAAUCAACAAUUUUGGGAGACAACAUUUUACAAUAAUGUGCAAAAUCAAGUUCGCUCCUUGUACCUCUCAGCCAAGGAAGACAAUCAUUCAACAUACUUGAAGCAGAAGGAGAAAUUUCCAAAAAGCACAGACCAGGAGAAGACUGCAAUGGACCUGGCCGCAGAACAAUUGCGGUUGUGGCCCACACUGAGCAAAGAGAUGCAACAAGAGCUGGUGCAAAAGGAGGAAAGUACAGUCUUCAGUCAGGCAAUCCACUUUGCAAACCUCAUGGUCAACUUGCUGGUACCACUGGACACGAGUAAAAACAAACUUCUGAGGACAUCUGCCACUGGAGACUGGGAGAGUGGAAGCAACAGCAUCGUCACAAACAGCAUUGCAGGAAGUGUUGCCGAGAGCUAUGACACCGAGAGUGGCUUUGAGGACUCAGAGAACAGUGAUGUUGCCAACUCUGUCGUGCGUUUCAUAACCCGGUUUAUUGAUAAAGUUUGCACCGAGAGUGGAGUUACUCAGGAUCACAUCAAGAGCCUUCACUGCAUGAUACCAGGAAUUGUAACAAUGCACAUCGAGACCCUGGAGGCUGUUCAUCGAGAGAGUAGAAGGCUCCCCCCAAUACAGAAGCCUAAGAUUCUAAGACCCACCCUGCUUCCAGGAGAAGAAAUCGUUUGUGAAGGCCUCCGUGUGCUGCUCGAUCCUGAUGGAAGAGAAGAAGCUACAGGAGGACUUCUUGGAGGCCCCCACAUCCUCCCUGCAGAAGGAGCGCUGUUUCUUACCACAUACAGAAUUCUGUUUAAAGGCACCCCUCACGAUCAGCUAGUGGGCGAGCAGGUGGUUGUGCGCAGCUUCCCCGUGGCGUCCAUCACCAAAGAGAAGAAGAUCGCCGUCCCCAGCCAGCUGCAGCAGAGCACGCAGGAGGGCAUGCAGAUCGCCUCGGCCUCCUUCCAGUUGAUCCAGGUGGCCUUCGAUGAGGAAGUGAGUCUGGAGGCAGUGGAGGUCUUCAAGAAGCAGCUGAUGAAGGCCCGCUACCCCCCGUCCAUUUUUAACACCUUUGCCUUCGCUGCCGGCCAGGCUGCCCCACAGGCCCUCUUACCCAAGCAGAAAGAGAAGAACACUUCUUUUCGCACCUUUUCAAAAACAAUUGUGAAAGGAGCGAAACGAGCAGGGAAAAUGACCAUCGGUCGCCAGUAUUUAUUAAAGAGGAGAACAGGAACAAUCAUGGAAGAGCGGGGAAAUCGUCCUGGAUGGAAUGAAGAGGAUGACAUCUCUGUUUCAGAUGACAAUGAACUACCCACAAGUGCAACCCUGAAGGCUUCUGAAAAAUCAACAAUGGAACAAUUAGUGGAACGAGCCUGUUUCAGAGACUAUCAGCGUUUAGGUCUGGGGACCAUAAGUGGCCAUUCUUCCCGCUCCAAAACUGAAUAUUUUAGGGUUACUGCUUCAAACCGGAUGUAUUCUCUCUGUCGCAGUUACCCAGGGCUUUUAGUGGUACCUCAAGCUGUCCAGGACAGUAGCUUACCAAGAGUGGCUCGCUGCUAUCGACAAAACCGCCUGCCUGUUGUCUGCUGGAAGAACACCAAAACCAGUACCCUGCUACUUCGAGCUGGUGGAUUCCAUGGAAAAGGAGUUGUUGGGCUUUUCAAAACCCCAAAUCCUCAUUCUACAGCUCCCACCUCCUCUCUGGAAACUUCUAGUAGUAUCGAACAGGAGAAGUAUCUGCAGGCCUUGCUGAACGCGAUCUCGGUUCACCAGAAGCUCAGCGGCAGUAACACCUUAACUGUCCGGCCCGCACUAGCGCUGUCCCCAGGCCCUGAGCGAAAGACUUCAGGAGUGUCCACUGUGCUCAAGCAGGUAGUGCCAGGACAUUUGGAUGUAAAUCCAUCCAAUAGCUUUACCCGAGGAGUGUCUGGGCACAGAGAUAAAUGUUUCAUUCAGACAAACCCCAAAUCAACAGCUAAGGAAAGAGUCUAUAAUCAAGGUGUCUGGGCAAGCCUUCGCUCCAGCAAUCGCUUUAUCAACUCUCCAGCAUCCUUCAUCGAUGUUGGUGCCCGGCUGGCAGGCAAAGAUCAUGCGACAUCCUUCAGCAACAAUGCCUACUUACAGAGUCAGCUCCUGAAGCGCCAAGCUGCCCUGUACAUAUUUGGCGAAAAAUCACAGCUAAGGGGUUUCAAAUUAGAAUUUACUUUAAACUGUGAGUUUGUUCCUGUUGAAUUCAAUGACAUCCGGCAAGUGAAAGCCAGCUUUAAAAAGCUGAUGAGGGCUUGCGUCCCCAGCUCUAUUCCUACUGAUUCUGAAGUAACGUUCCUCAAGGCACUAGGAGACUCCGAAUGGUUUCCACAGCUCCACAGGAUACUGCUGCUGGCUGUGGUUGUAGCCGAAGUGCUAGAGAGUGGCUCCUCCGUCCUGGUCUGUUUGGAAGAUGGCUGGGAUAUCACCACCCAAGUGUCCUCCCUCGCUCAGCUGCUCAGUGAUCCAUUUUAUAGGACUCUGGGAGGCUUCCGGAUGCUGGUGGAGAAAGAGUGGCUCUCCUUCGGCCAUAAAUUCAGUCAGAGGAGCAACUUGACCUUGAACUGUCAGGGCAGUGGCUUUGCUCCCAUCUUCCUGCAGUUCUUGGACUGUGUGCACCAGGUUCACAACCAGUAUCCUACAGAAUUUGAAUUCAAUCAGUAUUACCUAAAAUUCCUGGCUUUCCACUACGUCUCCAAUCGUUUUAAGACCUUUCUUCUGAACUCGGACCAUGAGCGAUUAGAGCAUGGAACACUGUUUGAAGAUAAAGGAGAGAAGCAUGCCAAAAAGGGAAUUUGCAUUUGGGAAUGUAUUGAGAGGAUGCACAAGAGGAGUCCCAUUUUUUUUAAUUACUUCUAUGCACCAGUGGAAACAGAGGUGCUAAAGCCCAACAUAAACAUCUCCAGCCUCAAGAAGUGGGAUUACUACAUGGAGGAAACACUGUCCACGGGGCCUUCUUAUGACUGGACAAUGCUCCCGACAAAGUCCACACCGUAUGAAGAAGCUGAACAAGCGGACGGGCCCGGGCCACAGAGCAAGAGGAGAAUAGUGUGGCCCUGCUAUGAUGACGUCAGCAGGGUGCAGCCCGACGCCGUCACCAGCCUCUUCAACGAAAUUGAAAGGUUAGAACACAAAUUGAACCAAACCCCAGAAAGAUGGCAACAGCUGUGGGAAAGAGUGAGCGUGAAUCUUAAGGAGGAUACAAGACAAGACCAACCCCGGAGACAUCCUUCUAGCUCCUCAGGAAUUGUCACCACCAACUUACACUCCUAUCAGAAGAGAUCUCUGCUUCAUUUGCCUGACAGUGGCCUGGGGGAAGAACAGAACGCCAGCAUCUCCCCCUCCAACGGGGUGGACCGAAGGGCAGCCACACUCUACAGCCAGUUUACUUCUAAGAAUGAUGAGAACAGGUCCUUUGAAGGGACGCUCUACAAACGGGGAGCUCUGCUGAAAGGCUGGAAGCCCCGCUGGUUUGUGCUGGACGUGACCAAGCAUCAGCUGAGAUACUAUGAUUCUGGAGAGGACACGAGCUGUAAAGGGCACAUUGACUUGGCUGAAGUCGAAACCAUCAUUCCAGCAGCCCCCACCCUGGGCGCCCCAAAGCACGCCAGCGACAAAGCCUUUUUUGAUCUGAAGACCAGCAAGCGUGUGUACAACUUCUGUGCCCAGGACUCACAAAGCGCCCAGCAGUGGAUGGACCGCAUCCAGAGCUGUAUCUCCGACGCCUGACCGGAGCCCCCUCCGGCACACGGGAGCCGAGGGAGGCCUCGGGCUGCAUCAGGAGCAAAGGUUACGGGAGACACGGGGACCCUGGGGCCAAGGAAGCAGCUCUCUCUUCCCUAGAAACAGAAGCGGCCUUGAGCCGGCCUCCCUGACUGGGUAGCUCUCUAGUCUAACUCACUUCCCCAGGAACUGUUUGGUUUGCAGGGGCAGCUGCUUCCCCAGUUGUGUUUGUCACGUGGAGCCUCAGCAUGAAGGCAGCCGGGGCCUGCUUGGGUUUGCACGGAGCUGCACUGAUGGGGCCGCGUCUCGCCGACGCCGUGACAACAGCCUGAGGCCGGCCCGGGGCAGCCGACAGCCCGGUGUCCCCAUUUUAAAAACUGCUUGCCUGGCCUGGUGAUUACUUGGCAGAACCACUGGUUUCACACAAAAACAGCCUCUAGUGUCGUCCGUUCGCUACUGAAGCAGGACUUGCCAGCAGAGCUGAUGCAGACAUCCCACGGGCUCCCUGCCGUGGCCCGCCGCCGGCUCUGCCAGCUGUGGGCCGUGUCCAGUCCGUGCUGAGGCCCAGCCUUGGUGGGACUGAAGGAAGAGACAAACCAGGUGCCCUGCCAAGGGAUCCGCCCGCUAGGGAAAUGGGAGAGAGUUAGUCUUGAAAUGUUUAGACACUAAAAAGAUUGCCUUCCCAAGGCUGAAAGAAUGCUCAUUGCGUGCUCUUCUGCUCAACCUCAACUUGUAUUCACAAAAUAACACAAUGAUAAAUGCACUAAACAAUAAAACAGGAUGGGCGCUGAGAUCCUCCCAGCGCGGCCAUGUGGGCAGGCAAGAGUGGCCGCCAUGUUCCACCAUGUGCCUCCAGACCCCACCUGCCCGAGGGAAUGGCACAGGGAGGAGAGGCAAAGGCCCAGGAGAUUCAUCACGGCCGGGGGUGGGACUGGAUACUGAAGGCAAUGGUUUUUGCACAUGUAUCGUAAGAACAGUUUUAGAUUUUUACAUUUGAAAACAUUGUAUGUAUUAAACUAAAAGCUGCAGAGCAGACACCAUUUCUCUUUAUCAGCAGGGAGCUAGAGCAUCGUGUCUUGUUUGGAAAUGUUAAUAUGUGAAAUAUCAGACUAAUAUUUCAAAGAAUAUGUAUAUAUGAUUUAGAAUGGUCUGACUUUUCAGACAUCCUGCUUGUAAUUUAAUAUAAAACUAACCAGACUGAUUCACUCAUAGGAUUUUGGUUAUUCAGUGGGUCCUUUUUCUAAGAAAAACCACUCUCUUUGGGGGCUGAAGAGUAAGAGUAAAAUGUCCAAUCUCCAACUGUAUACAUACUAGGAAAAAAAGAAAGAUUUGUCUUAAUAUAUAAGGAUUUGGGGUGGGGGGAAGACAAUAGGAAUGAAGGACUUUUUUAUCAUUUUCAAUUUAUACACUUCCACCUGUGAAAAUGGCCUUUGCACAUAAUUUGUAUUUUCUUUGUAUAUGAAGUACUUUUUUAUGUACUUUGUAAGAUAUGGACCCAUCAUUUCAUAGGUUGAAACUGUGCACAGCACCCUUUGGUAAUGAGGUUAUUUUAACAAUUUUAUGUAGGUAUGAGAUGACUUUAUAACCAUCUUAUAAUAAACAUACUUCUUAAAAAAGCACAAUCCUUCCUUCCUGGGGAACCCAAGCCCGGCCUAAGGCCUAGAGUAAGGGGUUAGUAGAGUUAGGAGUCACAUGUGCGGCUAAAUUUGCCUUUCAAACAAAACCAAAUCAGGGAGAGCCUCCUGUCCGAUGAGACUGUUUUCCCAGCAACCCAUGAGGUACCCUGGCUCCCCGGACACAUCCAGCUGGCAGCCCUGCCAGCCCUGCCAGCCCCUCCGCACGGCCGAUUUGCCACUUUUCCCCAACUUCUCUAUUUCUGUUGCUGUCAUCACAUCCUUCCAGUUAUCCUGAUUCAGGACCUCACGGCCAUCUGUGACUUCUCACCAGUCCCCCCCCCCCGAAGCUCCUUAUACCCUAGUCCAGUUUGUUGUGAUUUCUUACCUAGAUCACUAAUUCCAUUAACCAUCAUUAAAUGUGCAUUACAGUGUGCAAGAUGCGAGGCAAGGGGGAAGCAGGUAGAGCUUACGACAGACACAGGCAUAAAUACAGCUCGUGCAUCAUAGAACAUAACGUCAUCUGGGCAGAAGAAAACUACCAAAUGCCACAAGAGACUGGAAGGAGGAAAGACCAUUUACAAUGUGCCCAGCUCGGAGGAGAGGAAAGAAAAGGAAAGGCUUCAGGGAGGUUCCUAGGCUUUGGAGCUGGAGGGGACCUUGGAGAUCGCCUAAAGAACCCUCUGGUCUUCAAGGUGAGCGAGCCAAAGUUAUGUCCGAGGCCGCACAGUCAACCAGUAGCAAAGCUAAGCUUCAAACACCUGUGGUGACGUAAAACCGGCCGCUUUCUGUGCUGGGCUGCCCUUCACCGCCUCCCUUGAGCUGGUUCUUCAACAGUGGGCAGAAUUUCGAGAAGCGGAGAUGAAGGAAGGGCCUUCCAGCUGUUAGCACAAGCCCCGAGAAGGGAGCACACGGGAUGUGUACACAGGACGGCCCCCUCGGGGCUCUGUUAUCUUCCCUCCCCAGUCCACCCAUACACACUGACAGAAUAAUCUUCCUGGUUCUAAUAGCCUAAGCUCUCUGGCUCAAAAAACUUUCAGCACCUUGUCAAGCAAAGGCUGAAGUCCAAGUUCCUGAGCUUGGAUCCAAGGCCCUCUGGGACUUGCUUCCAGCCUCAUCUCCAACAGUGUCUGGGAUCGCUGAGCUUCCAGGGCUCCAGGGCCAUGUAGCCCACCCUCUUCCUCGCCCAGGACCUCGCUCCAGCACAGCCAACAAGCCUUUAUACAGACCGCUACCCAGGGAGAUCCCGCCACCUCUGGAGGCCACCUGUUCUGCUCUGGGAGAGCGCUCACCGUCAUCCUUACAUCAAGCCCUUCAAAUACAUGAAAAUAGCAAUCACGCCUCCGCCAUAAUUCUUCUCCUCACGAUUGAACAUCUCCAGGUUUUCCGUCAGUCUUCAUAGGAUGGGAUGAUGGCCUCUACAACAGAAAGGGACUGGUCCCUGGGGAAAAAAUGAUAGGAGUCAAGGAGAGCCGGGAACUGACUUAUGCUCCCAAGGCCUUGGGAGAUGAAAUAUUUUCGUGUCACCUUGGAAAAUGGCAGUGUACAUAGCAAAUAGAGUGCUGGGUUUGCAGUGGAGAAGACCUGAAUUCAGAUUCCCCAUCUGGCACUAGGUGUGUAAACCUCUGCUUCAGGGAACUCCAUAGGACUUGUCAACCAACUUGUAGAAGGGCUUCAAUUUGGGAUAAAAGUUCGAAUGUGGAGUUCCCUCCACAUUGAGUUGCCAACACUGAUUAGAUCAUAGCUCCUUCUUAUUUUUUUCCAUCAGCUUGGAAGGAUUCCUCCUCCAGUAAAGUGAACAAGGAUAUGUGACUGAUCCUGUUCUACUAGGCAGCUAGGUGAUAAAAUAGAUAAGAAUACUGAAUUUGAUAUCAGGAAGACCUGAAUUCAAAUCUUGCCUCAGCCACCUAUUGGCUGUGAGAUCCUGGACAAAUCACCUAAGUUCCCCCAUCUGUAUAAUGGGGAUAAUAAUAGCACCUGUUUCCCAAGGGUGCUGUGAGGAUAAAAUGAGUUAACAUGUAUCAUACUGGUAAACUUUAGAAUGCUCCAUAAAUACUAGUUAUUAAUUGUACCAUUCAUAUUGUUAUUAAUGAUAUGGAACAGCAAUGAAAUUAGUAAAUGAUAUAAAUCUGAGAAGGAUUUAUUGGCAGCAGUGUCAGGAUCCAAAAAGACCUCAUCAGGCUGGAUCAACCUAAUCUAAUGGGGUCUGAUCUAGAAGGGCUGAAUGUAGAGGCUUAUACCAAGUUCAGAAAAUGUGCUUCCUGGUAGAAGAUGUGGGAGUGUGAUUGCACACUAAUUUGAAAAAGAUUUGGGAAGCUCAGUAUGAGUCAACAUUGUGGUAUUGUGCCCGAGGAAGCUAAAGUAACCUUAGGCUGCAUUAAGAGGGAUGGUGUCCAACAAGAGAGAGGUCAUAAUUCCACUGGGCUCUGGCCUAGUCAGAAUAUAAAUCUACAGGGAAGGAAGAGGUUGGGGAGGGGCUCGUUUGAAGAAAGAUGGGGAGGGAGACCAAAGAGCAUCCAGAGGAGGGCAGUCAGAAAAAUGGAAUCUCAAGGUCUGGGGGGAAGGAAGUGGGAAUGUUUAGCUUGGAGAAGUAAGUGAAGACUUAGGAAAGACAUGAUAACUUUCUAGAGUUAUUAAAAGGUCCAUCCCAUGGAAGAGGAAUGAGGCCUGUUCUUCUUGACCCUGGAAGACAAUCUAAAAGCAAGAGGUUAUUAGUCAGGGGGCCAGAAGAGUGACAGAAAGACAGAUUUUAGCUUCAGUAAUUAGAGCUACUCUGGAAGUAAUGGGUUUCCCCUUCUUGAAACUUGUUAAGCAAAAGCAUGGCCCUUUGCAGGUGUGCCGCAGCCUGUGUGGGGUUCUGGGAAACCUGUGGCUGAAAACCUUGUUUUGCUGAGAUAACUGGCCAGGAAUUCAGCCAUGGGAGCCAAGCUCAUUCUCUAGCUCCCAAAUGGCCUCCCACCCCCUCGCUUGCCUCUCUAAGGCUGCCCUUGCAGGGGGAAACGUUAGACUGUUAUUCUGGCAGCGUUGUAUCCUGGAGCGCUCCAGCUGCUGGAGUUUGUUCUUUGUUCUGGUUCAGUCCAGUUCACUUGGAACUGUCAGAUUUCGACCUCUUGGUGGCCUUUGACCAGAGGGUGGCUGGACUUUCCAUUCGUUUUCAAAGUAAAGUCAGAGGGGAGAUGGAGCCAAGAUGGUGGAGAAAAGGCAGAGACUCCCUGACUCUCCCCAGACUGCCUCCAAACACCUUAAAUAAUGACACAGAACAAUUUCUGAAAUGGCAGAACCACAGAAGGGUGGAGGGAAGUAAUUUCCAGCUGAAGACAGCUUGAAAGGUCGGCAGGAAAGGUAUCAGCCCUGGGUGAGAGCAGAACCUGGUCCGGCGCGGUCCAGGCCCACAGAGCAGGAGCGGGCCAUGGGAGAAACGGCUGCAACAGCGGCGGCUCCUGGAGCUCAGCCCACAGAUGGUUGGGAGGAGGCGUCGGGGAUCCCGCUACUGGCAUGGGGGCAGGACUCCUCCUCAGACCCGUGGCACGAUCCCGCGUGGCAGUCCUAGAGUGAGGGCAGCACGGUGCGAUGGGGACCCCACAUUUCCAAGCACAAAAGAGCACUUCUGAUCACGCACAGACCAGCAGUAGUAAACACACCUCUCUUUAGAUCAUAUUACUGUGGAAGAACUGAAAAUUUACAGAUCCCUAGAAGUGUCUCUGAAAACAGCGGCACAUAACCUCUGAAGCCUGGGACAAUGCGUCUUCCACCCUGAAAGUAUUAUUCCGCUUUCACAAAGAGUUAAAAGUAAAGAAAUAGAUUGGGGAAAUCACAAAAAGAAAAAUAUUCUGACUACAGAAAAUUACUAUGGUGACAAGGAAGAUCAAAACACAUUCUCAGAAAAUGAUAACAAAGUCAAAAGUUCUAACAUCACCAAGAAAAAAUAUGAAUUGGUCUCAGGACAUAGAAGAAUUCAAAAAGGAUUCUGAAAAUCAAAUGGAAAAAGAAAUUAAAAGUAAUGCAAGAAAAUCAUGAAAAGCAAGUCAACACCUUGAUAAAGGAGACACAAAAAAUACUGAAGAGAAAAAUAACACUUUAAAAAACAGAAUAAGUCAAAUAAUAAUAAGAGAUACAAAAAAUCAGUGAGAAAACUGCCUUUAAAAAGCAGAAUGGAAAAAGAGGCACAAAAAUUCACUGAAAAAAAAACUCCUUAAAAAGUAGAAUUGGCCAAGUGGAAAAAGCUCACUGAAGAAAAAAAAUCUUAUUCUUAAAAAGUAGAAUUGAGCAUAUGGAAGCUAACUAUAAGAAAUCAAGAAAUAGUAAAGCAAAACCAAAAAAAUGAAAAAAAAAUAGAAGACACUGUGAAAUAUCUCAUUGGAAAUAUAGCUGACCUAAAAAAUAGUUCUAGGAGAGAUAAUUUUUAAAUGAUUGGAUUACUUGCAACCCAUGAUAUAAAAAAAGAUCCUAGAAAUAAUCUUUCAAGAAAUUAUCAAGGAAACUGUACUGAUAGAAAUUACAAUUCUACCAGUUGCCUGCUGAAAAGGAUCUCAAAAUGAAAAUUCCCAAGGAUAUUAUAGCCAAAUUCCAGAGCUCACAGGUAGGAGAGAAUAUUAACAGAUAUUAAUAAAAAUUAACAAAACAGCCAAAAGAAAACAUUUCAAGUGUCAUGAAGCCACAGUUAGGAUGCAGCAAGAUUUAGCAGCUUCUGAAGGGCAGAAGAGUUAGAAUUAUAACCAAGAAUCAUGAACUCAGCAAAACUGACUAUAAUCUUUCAGGGAGAAAAUUGGACAUUGAAUGAGAUAGAGUACUUUUGAGCAUUCUUGAUAAAAAGAAUGGUGCUGAAUAGAAAAUUUGAUUUUCAAACACAAGAUUCAAAAGAUAAUCAUGAAAGGGCAUAAGGGGCUUAAUAAGUUAAAAGUGUUUACAUUCCUACAUGGGAAAAUGAUAUUUAUAACUCAUAAAAAAACUUUCUCAUUAUUAGGGUAGUUAGGAGUAUAUAUGGACAGAGGAUACAGGUAUGAGUUGAAUAUAAAGGGAUAAUAUCUAUUUUAAAAAGUUAAGGGGUGAGAGAGGAAUGCGCUGGGGAAAAAAGGAAAGGGAGGGAAAGAAUAUAUAAAUUAUCUCACAUAAAGGAGGCAAAAAAAAGUUUUUAGAGUGGAGGGGAAUAUGGGGGAUAUUGGAGGAGGGGGGAGUGAGUAAACCUUACUCUCACCAGAAUUGGCUCAAAGAGGGAAUAACACAUUCAAUUGGGUAUAGAACCUUACAUGAAAAGUAGGAAGAGAAGAGGAUAAGAGAAGGCGGAGAGGUGAUGGAAGGGAAGACAGAUUUGGAGAGGGUGUAGUCAGAAGAGGGACGGGGUGAAAGGAGAGAGAAUGGAAUAAAUAGAGGGGAGGGAAAUACAUUUAGUAAAUAUAACUGUGAAAACAUUUUUUGGUGCAAGUUUCUCUGAUAAAUGUCUCAGUUUUCGUGGAGAGAACUGAAUCAAAUUAGGAGCCAUUCCCCAAAUGAUGGAUGAUCGAGACAUGAGGUUUUCAAAUGAAGUAAUCAAGUUAAAAAGCUAUCUACAGUCAUAUGAAAAGAUGUUUUAAAUCACUAUUGACUGAAGUAAUGCAAAUUUAAAUAAUUCUGAGGAACUACCUCCUAUCUAUUAGGUUGACUAAUAGAACAGAAAGAGAGAAUGACAAAUGUUGGAGGGGAUGUGGGGAAAAUGAGACAUUAAUGAACUAUCGGUAGAGUGGUGAGCUGAUUCAACCAGUAUUUAGAGCAAUUUGGAACUAUGCCCAAAUUUAGAACCACAAAUGCACUUUGUAUAUAAUGCCAUUACUAAGUCUGUAUCCAAAAAGAGCUUUUUUUAAGGGAGAGAAGGGUGAGGAUCUAUGUUACAGAAAUAUUUAAACAGCUCUUUUCUGGUAGCAGGGAUUUGAAAUUGGGAGGAUGCCCAUCAAUUGGGGAAUGACUGAACAAGUUAUGCUUUGUGAUUUUGAUGGAAUGCUAUUGUACUUAUGAGAAAAGAUGAGCAGAAUACUCUCUGAAAAACCUGGAAAGAUUUCCAUGAGCUGAUGCAAAGGAAAUGUAGAAUGUACAAAGUAACAGCAGUAUUGUAAGAUGAUUAGCUGUGAAUGACUUAGCUAUUCUCAGCAAUGCAAUGACCCAAUACAUCUCUGAAAGACCUAUGAUGAAAAAUGCUAUCCAGACAAAGUUCUGAUGGUGUCUGAAUGCAGAUUGAAGCAUUUUUUUCUUUCUUAAUUUUUCUUGAGCUAUUUUUUUGUUUAUGUUUUCUUUCAAAACACGACUAAUAUGGAAAUAUGUUUUGAUUAACUGUACGUGUAUAACCUGUAUCAAAUUGCUUGCCUUCUCAAUGAGGGGCAUGGGGAGGGAGGAAGAGAAUUUCAAACUCAAAA